GUGGCGCAAGCCGCGCGGGGCCGCGCAGCCCGGGUCCGCUCCCUUCUCUACCGCCGCCUUCCGACUCGGCCGGCAGAGCCGGCCCCCCAGCGGCCCCCGGAACACCUCAAAGCGGCUGAAGGAGUCCUUGCUGGGAACUUGGCGGCGGCGUGACGGGGACAUAGGAACCUGCAGUGGGGCCGCCGCCGCCGGAGCAAGCGCCUCGACCUCGGCCUGAGAAUAGUUUGAUGGAAAACGGAUUACGUAACUACUCGACUUGAAGAAUCUUAAGGGAAACCCCUUUUCAAGGCAAAAUGAAGAAGAAAACUGUAUAUACCCUAAACGUGGGAGAUCAGGAAUAUGAAGAUAUGGAAGGCAAAGAAAACAAAGAUAAUACUACUUCCACUGGCCCGUUGUACAGUGAAGCUGACAGAUGUCCAAUAUGUCUUAAUUGCCUAUUAGAGAAGGAAGUUGGUUUUCCAGAAAGCUGUAAUCAUGUCUUCUGUAUGACCUGUAUUCUUAAAUGGGCAGAGACACUGGCUUCAUGUCCUAUUGACCGAAAACCUUUUCAGGCAGUGUUUAAAUUCAGUGCAUUGGAAGGUUGUGUUAAGGUUCAAGUAAGACAGUUGAGAGAAACAAAACACAAGAAAAAUGAAAAUUCUUUCAAGAAACAGCUCUCCUGUCAUGAACAUUCUAAAAGCUGUGUGAGAAAAAAUGUCAUAGGAGAAGAUCUGUUAAGGGCAAAGCUUUAUGACUUGAAGAUGCAUAGAAACUCUAAAUACAGUGAAAUGGGAGGAAAGAAAAAUACAACAGUAAAGACGCCUCAAAGAUCAAAUCAGUGUACAAGUCAGUGCUUCAGAAAUUUUUUCUCCAAUAUGUUUUCUCCUAGCAGUCACACUGGAGAAUCUUCUUUUACCUGUAGAGCUUACUGUACAGAAUUUAUAGACGUCAAUGAAAUCAGUACAUUGAUUAGUCAGAAGAGACAGGAACUGGAAUUAUCAUGGUUUCCCAAUACAUUACCUGGAAUUGGAAGAAUUGAUUUUAUACCCUGGAAUAUUUCAACAGAAGUCCUUCCUCUCAUCUCUUCUGUGUUGCCAAGAACUAUUUUUCCAACAUGCACCAUAUCUUUAGAAAAUUUUGGUACUUCUUGCAAAGGAUAUGCAUUAGCACAUACUCAAGAAGGGGAAGAGAAGAAGCAAACUUCUGGUACAUCAAACACCAGAGGAUCAAGACGAAAACCUGCAGCAACAACUCCUACAAGGAGAUCCACACGUACCACGAGAGCUGAAACAUUCAGUCAGUCUCAGAGAUCACCUGUAUCAAAUAAGUCUGGGUGUGAUGCCCCAGAUAACAGUAAUCCAUCUGUAAAUGUUUCCUCUUCAGCUGAGUCAGAAAAGCAAACAAAACAAGCUCCAAAACGGAAGUCUGUAAGAAGAGGGAAAAAACCACCUUUACUGAAAAAGAAAUUGCGGAGCUCUGUACCUCCUCCUGAAAAAUCAUCUUCCAGUGAUUCAGUAGAUGAAGAAACAGCAGAAUCUGACACACCACCUGUGUUAGAGAAAGAGCACCAAUCUGAUGCAGAAAGUAGUAACACUUGUACUGUGCAGACAAAUGUAGACAGUGAGUCUGCUAAUGGUUUGAGAAGUUGCAGUGAGCAAAUAGAAGAAAAUGAGGAACAUACUGAGAACCAUGAUACAGAAGAAAGAGUGGAAUCUUCAUAUUCUGAGUCUUGUACCCAACUGCCUCCUGUGCUAGUUGGAAAGGAGAAAGAAGUUCAAAAAGUUGAGAAUAUAGAUAUAGAGGCUAAUGUUUUAUGUUUAAAAAAUGAGAUUUCUAAAAAUAUUUCUGAAAAAGGAGAUGAUCCAUUAGAAAAUCAAGACCAAAUAUCUGGACCUUCAGAAUCAGAGGGAAAGGUAGAUACAUGUACAGAUCAUCCUCCAAAUGAUUUCCUUACAUGUUCAGCAUCUGAAAUUGAAGUAUACCAACCUAUACCAAGUCUAAGUGAGUUACCCGAGAAUGUAGAGGUAGUGGUUAAUGAAGAAAAAGUUACAGAGAUUAAUGAAGAAAAGGUUGUAGAGAAUCCUGUAGUAGAAAUUAUUGAUCAUAAAAAUUAUACAGUGAAAACAGAACAGCUUGUAGACAGCCCUAAAUUAGAAUCUUCUGAAGGAGGAAUUAUAGAAACAGCAGACAGAACAUCUACUGAGAAUUCAGAUGUUCAAUUGCCUGGGCAUGUUGAAACUGAAGAUGCAGAAAUAAUUGCAACAUGUGAUACUUCAGAGCAUGAAAACUUCAGUAAUAUUCAAGACUCUGAAAAUAAUUUAUUAAAAAAUAAUCUUGACAUCAAAUUAGGCAAAUCUUUAGAAGAAAAGACUGAAUCUCUGGUGGAAUGUCCCAGAUCUACAGAAUUGCCUAACACACACAUUGAACAGAUGCAGAAGCAUUUCAGUGAGGACAAUAAUGAAAUGAUACCUAUGGAAUGUGAUUCAAUUUGCAGUGACCAGAAUGAAUCUAGAAUUGAACUGUCUGUAAAUGCUGAUGCUAAACAAAUAAAUAAAAAUUCCACGGAGCACAGUUUUCAAAAUAAUAUGCCAUCUUCUGAUCCUGCAAGUGAAAAAGUUGAAACUAUAUCGCAACCUUUUGAAGGCCCAGUAGAUAUGAUAGAUAAAGCCAAAAAGCCUCGUACUCGAAGAUCUAGAUUUCAUUCCCCAUCUACAACUUGGGCUCCCAACAAAGACACUGCACGAGAAAAGAAGCGGUCUCAGUCUCCAUCUCCCAAAAGAGAAACUGGAAAAGAAAGCAAGAAGUCUCGAUCACCGUCUCCCAAGAAAGAAACUGCAAGAGGGCGGAGAAAAUCCCGUUCUCAGUCUCCAAAAAAGGAUAUCACAAGAGAAAGAAGGCGAUCUCAGUCUCGAUCUCCAAAAAGAGAGAACGCUAGGGAAGGCAAAAGAUCAGAAUCACUCUCCCCAAAAAGAGACACUUCUAGAGAGAACAGAAGAUCUCAGUCAAGAGUAAAAGAUUCUUCUCCAAGAGAAAAAUCCAGGUCCCGGAGCAGAGAAAGAGAAAGUGAUAGAGAUGGGCCAAGAAGAGAUCGAGAUAGAGACAGAGAAAGGAGAACCAGAAGGUGGUCUAGAUCCAGAUCUCGUUCUAGGUCACCAUCAAGAUCUAGAACAAAAAGUAAGAGUUCAUCAUUUGGUAGAAAUGACAGAGACAGUUACUCUCCUCGGUGGAAGGAAAGGUGGACAAAUGAUGGUUGGAGGUGUCCACGAGGAAAUGAUCGGUACAGAAAGCAUGACCCAGAGAAACAGAACGAAAAUACAAGAAAAGAAAAAAAUGACAUAAGUCCAGAUGCUGAUGAUCCAAAUUCUGCUGACAAACAUAGAAAUGACUGUCCCAAUUGGGUAACAGAAAAAAUAAAUUCUGGGCCUGAUCCAAGGACCAGAAAUCCAGAAAAGUUAAAGGAUUCUCAUUGGGAAGAAAACAGAAAUGAAAAUUCAGGGAAUUCUUGGAAUAAAAACUUUGGUUCAGGUUGGAUGUCUAACCGUGGUAGAGGCAACCGUGGCAGAGGCACUUACAGAGGUAGUUUUGCCUAUACCGAUCAAAAUGAAAAUCGGUGGCAAAACCGAAAACCCCUCUCAGGGAAUUCAAAUGGUUCAGGGAAUGAUUCUUUCAAGUUUGUGGAACAGCAACCCUAUAAACGGAAAAGUGAGCAAGAGUUCUCAUUUGAUACACCGGCAGAUAGAUCGGGAUGGACAUCUGCAUCUAGCUGGGCUGUGAGAAAGACUCUACCAGCAGAUGUACAAAACUAUUACUCACGACGAGGGAGAAAUUCUUCAGGUUCACAGUCUGGAUGGAUGAGACAAGAAGAGGAAACAGCUGAACAGGAUUCUAACUUAAAAGACCAAACAAACCAACAAGGUGAUGGUUCUCAGCUACCUAUAAAUAUGAUGCAACCACAAAUGAAUGUAAUGCAACAACAAAUGAAUGCACAACACCAGCCUAUGAAUAUCUUCCCAUAUCCAGUGGGUGUUCAUGCUCCUUUAAUGAACAUCCAACGCAGUUCAUAUAACAUUCAUCCUCAGCUACCCUUGCAUCUGCAUACAGGAGUGCCUCUCAUGCAGGUGGCUGCUCCUACCAGUGUAUCUCAGGGACUACCACCACCGCCACCCCCUCCCCCACCAUCCCAACAAGUCAACUACAUUGCUUCACAACCAGAUGGAAAGCAAUUGCAGGGUAUUCCUAGUGCAUCUCAUGUAAGUAAUAACAUGAGUACACCAGUCUUGCCUGCUCCGACAGCAGCCCCAGGAAAUAUGGGAACAGUUCAGGGACCAAGUUCUGGUAAUACUUCAUCAUCAAGUCACAGCAAAGCCUCUAAUGCUGCUGUAAAAUUGGCAGAAAGCAAAGUAAGUGUUACAGUGGAAGCCAGCGCAGAUAGCUCGAAGACAGACAAGAAAUUACAGAUUCAAGAAAAAGCAGCACAGGAGGUAAAACUGGCCAUUAAGCCAUUUUACCAAAAUAAAGAUAUCACCAAGGAAGAAUAUAAAGAGAUUGUACGGAAAGCAGUAGAUAAAGUUUGUCAUAGUAAGAGUGGAGAAGUCAAUUCUGCUAAAGUGGCAAAUCUGGUUAAAGCCUACGUAGACAAAUACAAAUAUUCACGGAAGGGAAGCCAAAAGAAAACUCUGGAAGAACCUGUCUCUACUGAAAAAAACAUAGGCUGAAAUGGAGAGCACUGUAAAGGACAUUAUCAAGAUAUCUGCAAAGUGCAAUUUCAACAUGUACCUUUAAUUGAAAAUCAUACAUAACUGUGAUUGAAAUUUGGUUUUGAUAUAUUUUUUUUAACGUAGGAUAUAAUGUUUUCUUCUAAAUAAAUAAUAGUUCUGCACUGCAACUUCUAUAUCCUUUCCUCCCCUGUCCCCCUCCCCACAAAAACUAAAAGCAAAUUCAACAAAGGGGUUAAAGGAAUGUGCAUUUUUACUAGGACUGUGUUAUAGUGUGGAUACUGGAAGAUGUACAGCUUUUUGAUUUGAACAAUGAAGUGCAUAAAUUAGAAAUUUCUAAGUGCGCUGGUUUUGGAAGAGAUAUAUAUAAUACAUUUAUUCUGUCAGGCUAAAAAUAAACUAUGAUCUAUAUGAUUUUUCCCUCUAAUUAUAGAAAGUUAAGUAUUGUAUUACCAUGAAGAAUAUUUCUAAUAACAGAACAUACCAAUUGCAGGGUUCCUAAUCUGUAUUUUUAAAGCACACAUCUGAAUAAAUUGCUUAGAUAGAAAACGAAUUAUCAUGAGUAAAAUUCAGUGUUCACAACUUUGGAACACUGUUCACCUAUUGUAUCACCAAAUAAAGGUUAUGCUGCUUGUUUUUUCUUUGUGCCUUUUUUCCCCAAAAUUGAGAUGAAGCAGUUUGACUUGCUAGAUUUACAACUUUGGCAGUCUAAAUUCUUUGUUGAAUUUAGAAGACCAGUUUGAAAAAGGGUUGACUUUGUAAAAAUUAUGUUAUUGCAUAAUAUCUUCUACCUGUCAGAGAUGAUAAAUUAUCUGUGUCAACUGGAGAAUUGCUUUUAAGUGGUGAUGCUCUCUUCCUUAGGACUAAGGUAGAAUCAUGAGACUCACUUCAGUGGUUUUCAGAUUGUUGUUCAUCUAUCUAAUUACUAAUGAAAUUCUUUUCACAACUUGAGAAAUCUCCAAAUGCUUUACAGUGAAUAAAGUGUUAAUUUGGUGAACAUAUGGUGGCCAUUAACCAUGCUGGAAAAAUCUAGAUGAUAAAAUCUCUUUUGGAAAGGGAGAGGAAUUAAAUAAUGGAGUUUUGGUAGGCUUUCAGGGACUAGGGAUUUGAUUUUUUUUAAAUACUAGAAUAUUAAUUUUUAUAAAAGGUAAGUUAAAAAUAUUAUAGUAUCAUUAUUUUAAUUGGUUAUCUCCAUGACAAACUACUUUCAUUCCAGUAACAAUUUCCAAUAGAUACCGAAUAACUAGAACGCUAUUCAGAUAAAAUGUUAAUGGCUCAAAGAUAGAUGUAUGCCUCUGAGACAGACUAACCUUUUUACUAGCUAAACUAGCAAGAGCAGUGCUCUGUAGGACAAUGCUUUUCUUAAGUAAAAAUUAUGUGUUUCUCAAUUUUAUGUGCACAAUACUUUUCUGGUGCUAGCUUUGAUAGGCAAAAUAUUUUAAAAUGAUGGUCUCAAUAAUGAUUGUGCUAGUUCAUAAUCUUAUUUAGAUUAUGAGUAUAACCCCCAAAAGUGUUAGAAAUAUUUCCAGGCAGUUUUUGGUCUUUAUUCUGCAUUUCUGGCCAUUUGUAAUAUAGUAUUCUGCUGAUUUAUAUAUAUAUAUAUUUUUAAUUAAAGUUUGUGUUUAGAUUAUGAUGGGAAAGUUUGGAAGUAUAUUUCUAAUAAAAUAUUAAGACAGUGUUUUAAAUAUCAAUGUACACCUCAUUUGUUUCAGUUUUGAACUCUAGAAACAAUUGUGUGAACUUUCACUAUUUUCAGUUAAAGCUGGUUCACACUUUGAAAAUUUUGUAGCAAAUUGCCUAAGCUGAUUAAUCACACGAUGCGUACUUUUCCUUCAUUUUCUUUCAGUGACUUUUGGGAGUUGGGUGACAUUUUAAAUUGUAGCGCUUAUCUUUUGCAAACACUUUAAAUGUUUUGAAGAAAAACUAGGUGGUGUGGUCAAAAGCUAAAGUUUCACAUCUUUGGUGGCAUUGCCAUGAAUUAUUUCCACCUUUCUAGAAAACAGCAACUGUAUUCCAUAUCUGGUUGGAGUACUGGUUAGACUCCAUUUAAAAUAGCUAAUGAAGAAUGUUACUGGAUUAGAAUGAAAACUUGGAAAACUUGGAAAUAUUUAAGAAUAUUAGAAAGUGCAUGCUUUAUGUUAAAAAAAAAAACAACUGCUUUACCAUUCCCCAUUCUUUUUUUUUUUUCUUUUUUUCAGAAAUUUACAUUGUUCGCAUGUGCACCAACCUAAUCAAAAACAUUUUGUGGGGUUACAGAUUUCUCAUUAUUUAUGAAGAUUCAGUAUUAACUUGACCUCUGAAACCUUGGUCCUUUUAACUUACUAGCCACAUUGACCUAUAUUUAGUGAUGCCUACCUAUAGCGAUGCCUAGAAUUUUGAGAAUGAAAGUAGUUACUUAUUAUUUUAACAUUCCAAAAGUUUUGUGAUUUUUUUUUUUUUUAAUUUUGGUAAUUACCACAUUUUCUUCAUUAUCUUCCUUUAAAUGGCCACAGUGUGUACUGCUUGAAUGUUGCAUCCAAGAGAGGAAGCUUCUGAAGCAGAGUGGUUGCUGGUGGUCGGUGAGACAUUGUUUGUAGAAUGAGGAUGGAGUGCUGUCUACUGAAACAAUACUCAAACAGAUAUGUAGUAUGUAAUAUUUUCUAAUAAAGCCUUUUGAUAAACAAAGUAGUGUCUAACAUUUUAUUAAGAUUCCUGGUGACUUUUACCUCAUUAUAACUUUCCAAACGUGUUGAAGUAUUUCUUGAAUUUGUACCAAAGUGACUAGCUUCAUAGUUACAUUAAUGUCCAAGUUGUAAAGCAAGGUUCGAGUUAGCUAUAAGCAUCUAUUUUAUAGCAUUUUCCCUAAUUAUGUAACAUUGUAGGAAAUAGAAAAAUAAUAAAAUAUUUGUAAAUAGGAAGAAACCAAAAAAAGAAAAAUCACCUGUAAUUCUACCAUUUAAAGGUAACAACUAUUAACAUGGUCAAACUGCGUAUAACUGUUGUAACUUAUCCUUUUCUCUUGAUGUAUUGAGAAGUUUCCAUUUUAAUAAAAAUUCUACAGCAUUA